AUGGCGUCGCCACCGUACAACUACCAGUCCGCGAUCUCACCACCCUAUCCCUCUCACGCACCACUCCCACAACCAUCAAAGCGCCGCCAAUCCGAUAUGCCCUCGUCUGCGCCCUCAGUCAAGCGCCGCAAGGCAUCUAUGCUCUCCGCCAGCUCUGCAUCCUCCCAUCCUCUCCGUCAAACCUCCUUCCCGCCUGAGAGCGCCUCAAACCAGACAGCACGCUAUUCGCGCUCACCCAGCGUGGACACCACUAGUCUCGUCUCUGGCGUGUCCAGCACGAAGAAGAAACGCGGGCGCAAAGCAAAAGGCAAGGCAGAUGACGAUACCAGCGUUGUUGGGGAAAAGGCCAAGUCGGCGGUUUCGGGAACAAGCGGAAGAGGGCGAAGGCGCGCAAGUCGCGAAGCAAGCGCCGAGGAUGAGGAUGAAGAAGGUGGAGAGACGGCGGUCGCUAUGGUGGCUAGGACAGAUGAAGAGAAGAGAAAGGAGAACGAGCAUAAGGCCAUGCUGCUUAACGCUCUGGACCCUGAUCAGUUCUUGAGGUAUGAAGCAUGGAGAGCAAGUAAGCUGCCGGAUUCGACUGUUAGACGGAUCGUCAACCAAACACUCUCGCAGUCCGCGCCGCAAAGCGUGAUUCUAGCUGUGAAAUCCGUAGCGAAAGUUUUCAUCGGUGAGAUGAUCGAGGGUGCCAGACGAGUACAGACUCAGUGGAUGGAAUCAGACGAGGAGGCACGAAAUGUGCUUCCCAGUCCACCAGCAGACGGAGAAGAAGAGAAGAGGAGAGGGCCGCUGCUACCGGAUCAUUUAAGGGAGGCGUACAGGAGACAUAAGCUGGCGGGCGAGGGCGCCCUAGUUGGUCAGCUGGGUUUAUGGCAGCUGCAGCAGAGUAGCGGGGUGGAGCGAUUUGGAGUUAAGGCGCAUGGCAAGAGGCUUUUGAAGUAA